UCCAUGUGCUUAUGUUACGUAUGGAUUGUAUUCCUGGUGAUAUAUAUAUAUUUAAUUCGUGAAAGAAAAAUAAAAUUGAAAUGAACGACACAGAUUGGCGGGAGAUCCUCAGUUUAUCUCAGAAGGAACUGAGAGAAGCAGACAAAGACAAACUAUGCGAAAGUCUGUCGUGGAUGGAAGCCGACGAUAUCGAGCUGAACUUUACUGAUCUCAAAACUUUGUUCAGGCUGGCACAAGAUAUGCUAAAAUAUAAAAGCGAGCAGGUUAACAAUUUGUUAGGACAGCUUGAAUAUUCCCAAAGAAAAUCUAAAUCCAAAUCAAAGCACACGGCAGGCGAUUCUCCUGCUAAAAGCUCUGACAGCAUAUUAGAAACAAUUGCACAUCAAGAAGAAGUAAUCAAAGCAAAUAAAGAGAUCUUAGAGCAGCUGUAUGCCGACAUUGCUGAGUUGGAAGGUCGUAAGAACAAGCUCGAAGACCAAAAUGAUGCCAUUGAUAAAGAUAGUGAAUCAAGUCGAGAUGCUCUUUCUGAGAUCAAUGCUGUAGCACAGAUGGAAAACGAAAUUACUAUAAAAAAUAAACACAUAAGAAAACUACUUGCUGAUAUAAAAUUAGUGGAAGACGAAAAUACAAAAUAUAAAGAGAAAGUAUUAAUUAUAAAAGACAAAUUGUCUGAAGCCACAAAAUUGAUAGAAAAUUUUACGGAGCAGUUGCUCAAUCUGAAUCAUGAAAAUUCGAAGCUGAAAGAAUUAUUAGGUAAAUCAGAAGAAGCAAAAGCGGAAUUAUCUGAUCAAAUAGGAUCGUUCAGAAAACAGCUGUUUGAAAAAGAUAGUAGCAGACAAAAUAUUGACGAAGAAAUAAAAUCUAAAGUGCUGCAUUGGAAGAAUAUAGCACGAGCUAAGAAAGCUGAAAUAGAAAAAUUAGCUCAUGAAAACAUGAAAUUAAAAGAAAAUUUGAAAAGAUCAACAAAGUCAAGAUCAUCAUCUCCUCUUAAGAUAAAAAAUGAAGAAGAUUCAAAAAUGAAGGAACUGCAACAUAAGUUAUUGGAAGCUUCAAAGGAAAUUACUCAAUCAGCUAAAAUCAUAGAAUUACUAAAAUUAGAAAACCAACAACUAAAAUCAAUUCCUGAUGAAACUCCUGAAUCUGUGUCAGAAGUAAAUAAAAAUGAAAGCGACGAUGGAAAAGAACGAGCAAUUAUUGCGAAACUUAAGAAGAAAAAUAAGAUAUUGACACUGUCAUUGCAAGAAGUAGAGGAGAUGCUUCUUGCUAGAGAAAAAGAGUUAUUAGAAAUAACUUCACAACUCCAACUCGUACAAUCUAAAGAAGGCAUACGUAUCCUCUUAGAAGGAAUAAAAAACAAGAAACGCAUGUUAAAAUACAGAGACGAAGGUAUCAAGUCUUUGGUUCAAGAAGUGAACUCUCUUAACCAGCUCGUAGAUGAGUUGCAGUUACAAAAUGAAACAUUAAGGCAAAAAUUAAAUAUACCACCUGAUGUAAAGAUACCGGCUACAGGAAUUUUAAGAAAGCAUCAUGAGGUAGAGAGAAAAUUAAAAGAACUGGACGUUGAAAGAAAAGAAACAGAAAACAAACUAGUUUCAGUCGAGAUAGACAACCGUAAUCUAAGAUUAAAAAAUGUAAAGUUAGUUAAAAUACUUAUUAAGUUAGGGUACAACAAAGAUAAGUUGAAGAAAAUUUAUGAAGAGACUGAUAGUGACUCUGAAGAUUUAGAAAUGAAUACAGAAACAAAAAUUGAAAAUACAACUCAAGAUCACCUAGAUCAAAAUAAACAAAUGAAAGAUAUCAUUGAAGAAAAUGAAGGUCUUAGAAAAGGACUACAAGAUAUUCUGAAUUUCUUAAAAGAUAACAGUACAACUUCAUCCGGUGUUCUGACCCUGCAAUGUCCAAGUUUAGAAGCGAUAUUACGAACGAUGGAAGCCCGACACGUAGCUGGCUGGUUUGCGCCACAUAUGAGUACAGUUUUAGAGUUGAGAGCUGCUUUAGGAGGCAAAGAUGCAUUACUCACCGCAUUGCAUGAGGCCAGGAAAAAAACCUUUGACGUCAUGGAUCAACUAAAAAAAGAGUCUCAAAAAUGUCAUAAUCUUCAGCAGAAAAUAAAUGCAAUGGAGGCUGUAGAAAAACCAAGAAAUGACAAUAAAAAUCAACUGCUCGAUAAACCUGUAAGCAUUUCUGAAUUUGGAUCUUGGAUGAAUGAAUCUGACCAAUGUAAUAUAAACUUAUUUGAUAAGGAUGAAAUUGAGUCUCUACUUACUAAAAGUAAUGUAAUACACGAGAGUCAAUUAAAAAAUGGAUUAGCCUAUUUUCAUGAAAGAUUUAAAAUAUUGUUUGAUAAAAUGACCGUUACAACCAUACAAACAACAGAUGAUUUCAAUAAAUGGUCAAUUCAAAAAGAACAAUAUCAAGCAGAAAUAGAAAAUUUGAAAGCUCAGCUGUGCCAGAGGGAAGAUGAAGAUAUUAGUGACGUCUCGCCAGGUGUAGUACAAAUACCCAGUUCAAGUGUUUUACAAAGAAAGUGUACUUAUCUAGAAGAAUCCUACUUAUACAUAAGAACACUAAACGAAAAUUUGAAAAAUGAGAUUUUGCAAAGCAAGAAAGACGCAAUGACACAGACGUUUGAAUUUGAGACUAAAAUACAAAAACUAAUACUUGCUAUAACGAAUCUUACGGAUAAACUUAGAUUUUCUGUUCCUUUCGAUCUAUUUUGGAAACAGAAUAAAGCAAUGAAUGAAGCCAUUACAAAAUACAGGAAAAUAUUAAAUGAAGCAGUCAAAUCACAAGAAAACUCUCAAAGUUUACUUAAAAUGUUGGAACAUGACAAAAUAAGUAUUAUAAAUAAAGUUCGACAAGAUAUAAUGAAGUUUUCUCAAACUGAAACAAAUGAUGCUGAUGAAUCAAUCAUAACAAUUCCGAAAAUAGAAGAGUCCGUCGUAAAAAAUCAAAUUGAACAACUUUGUGGUGAAAUACAAAGUAAAAACAAGCGUAUCGAUUAUUUAGAAAUUGAAAUCGAAAAACUUCAAGAACUACAAGGCAACCUCAUUGAUGAUACAUUGCCUGCGAUAACUAAUGAAGAAGUGGACCUUCUGAAAGAAAACCUCCAGAAAUUAGUAAAUGACAACAAUUUACUAAAGGAACAAUGUCAACAUGUUGGAAGCCAGUUAGACAUAGCACUUUUACAGUUACAGGAUAAUCAACAAAGACAAUUAAAUAAUGAUAUUGAAAUAAAUAUGUUGAAGCAUCAAAUUCUCGAUCUACAAUCAACUAGUGAUAAUAAAGCUAUACUCGCUAAAUUGAGUAAUGAAAUCUUAGUGGCACAUUUGCAAGCGUCUGAAAGUUUUAAAAAGAUUGAGCGACUUAAUGUGGCUUUAAACAAUGAAAGACAAUUAAGAAUUGAAUCUGAAGAGAUGCUCAAAGCGCGACAAAAGGUUUUCGACAUGUACAGCCAAAGAUAUGAAUCCAAAUUUAGAUAUAUGUACCAAGUUAUGGAAAUUCUCCGGCAACAGUAUCAGGGAAGUGUACCACUAGCUUCCAUUGAAAACUAUUUAAACAAAAUUGAAGAACAUUACCGUAAAUCGCAAGUAGUUGAUGACAAACUUACAGAAAUAGAAGAUUUACAGUCUAGUCUAAUGACGAAACAUACUCUUUUUGAACAAGUACUGGACUUAUCCAAAAACAAAUGUUUAGAAGAGGAGGAUGGUUGUCCACAUAAAAUUAAAAAUAUAGUCAUGGAAGGAAUGCAUUCCCGGGAUUUGGAUCAUCUAAAGAAAAAGAUAUCAAUAUUAGAAAAAUCUCGAGAGGAAUUGACAAAACAAUGUAAUAGUCUUGAAAAAAUACUUGUUCUUUUAAAUCAAGGCUUUGAAAAAAAUAACCUUAACACUUAUUCAAGUAAAAACAAAUUAGGCGAGGACAAAAAUGUAAACAUGAAAAUAGAAGAUAUACAUUCAGAUGAUGACUUAAGUGGAAACGGUACUCAAACAAUUUCUUUAUCACGGCCUCAAGUUUUAAAACCACCAAAAGGUAUGAUUGACAUGACAACUGUCCGCAAAGAAGAUUUGACUUAUACGUUAAGUGAUAAGAAAGAAAUCGGUAAAAGUGAUCAAACUAAAAUACAACACAAAAACGAAAGUACACAAACAAAUGUGAUUGAAAUUUCAAAAAUUAACAAGAGUGUGCAAGUAGUUGAACACAAAAAUCUGAUGGGAAUGAAAAGAAAUGAUGACGAGAAGCUAAUUGAACUUAAAAAUGAACUGAAUGAACUGUCAUUGGAUAAUGACAAGAAAAAUCAGGAAUUGUUAGAAGCCAUAUCAGUAGUAAAGCAAAGAACAGAAGAAAAUUUAAGAAUCAAUACAGAUAAAAUAAAAUUAGAAACGAUAAUUCAAAAUCUAAAGAAAACAAUUGAUGAAAGGAAUAAGCAAAACAAUAUGUUAAGUACUACUAUUGAUAAUUUACAUCAACAGCUUGAAGAGAGCAGACAUCAUAAUAUAGCCGAAAAAAAUAAAUUAAACAACAUGACUAAAGAAGAAAACAAGUCCAUGUUAUUACUUCUGCAACAAGUAGAAAAUGAUAAAAAUGCAAUUGUUACUGAAUAUAAAGACCUUUUACAAAGAGAAAGAGACGAAUACUCCAAAUCUAUAAGUGAAUUAAAUAUUAGAAUAUUAGAAUUGAGAUCAGAAUUAGACAGGAAAACAAGUGACAUUGACACUCCAAGUGGCGAAGCACAUAGGGAGAUUUUAACAAAAUAUACACUAAAAAUAACGGAACUCGAAGACAAGUGUUUUAAAUUACAAAAUGAAAUGGAUAACCGCAAAAGUGAAUUAAAAACAUAUCAAAAUGAAUUAGAUAGAUGGAAAGAUUUAGCUUCUGAGAGACUUAUUAAAAUGGAGCAAUUAAAUUAUCAACUGCAACAACGACAUUGUCAGGAGGUAGAGUCAUAUAAAACAGAAAAUCAGCAUUGGCUGUCACAAUUGAACGAGUCUCAACGGCAACAAAUGGAGUUACGCACACGUUUGUCUGAGCAAAAAUCGAUUCAUAUAAAGCAGGUGGCAGAGAAAGAUGCACAAAUUGAACAAUUGCGUACUGUUGUGCAAAAUUUAAAGGCUCAAAUAAUGAAUAUGCAAACGAUGAUAUCUGUGAACGAUCCUAGUUUUGAUCUAUCAGCUAUAGUGGAAGUGGAGGAGCCAAGUGACGUAUCACAACAUGGCUCCGAUAGAUUAGAAAUCAAAUUUGAAUCUACGAUCGACUUGAGAGACAUUCAUGACGAUAUCGUAAGACUACCAUCGGCGACGUCUACUGCUAUAUGGCAAGAACCCGUGAUAGACAGACUACGCCGAGAGAAGCAGAUGACUAGCAAACAGAAUGUUAUUCUCCGAAGACAGAUAAAGGCUCUCGCCGCGAGAGAGAGGAGGGCUCGUUUAGACGCUCAAAACUUAAAGAGUCAAUUAUUUAGAAUAACCACAUCGGGAGGCAAAGCAGUGUCUUCGGAGACUGCAGCACUACACAACAAGAUAACCGCUCUACAAACGCAGUUGUCUAGCGCGCGAAGGGACUCGCAGUCUUCCGUCGCCAUUUGGGACAAAUGGAAAAGGGCACAACAAGCAGCGGAGCGUUGGCAAUCACGAUACGAAGAGAAGUUCCAAGAAGUGAAGAAGUUGGAAUCGAGUCUCAACCUCGCCAAGUCAGCUAUCGCCCGGCUUGAUAAGGAAAAACGUGUUCUACUCAGUAGACUGUCAGAAGUUAAAAACGAGAGUCUCCUAGCCGUAGAGAAACAAGAAAGCGAAGCACUAGAGAAGUCCAGUCAUAGUCCACACGUGUGUGAAUGUCAGGAACAGACGCCAGUCUCUUCGCGAUCGCUUCUGGAACGAGUUGAAGCGCAACAACGAAGAAUCAUUGCAUUGGAAUUUGCCGAGAAAGGAAAUGAGCACCUGGUAUCGGAAUACGAAAAGGCGCUGGCUGAAAUCACGUCUCUGAAAGGCCAGGUCCUCAAGCUGGAGUCCACGUUGCUCGAGUCUCAGAUACGAUCUCCGCUGAAGACCACUCAGGAAGCACAACCAGAAGUGGAUUAUUGGAAAAGUUACUGCGAUAUGCUAAAGGAGGAGAACAUACAGCUGAACAUGAGAGUGGCUGCAGCAGAGAAUGUGCCCACCACAGCGCACCAACAACGGGUCCAAGACCUCGAACAGACAAUACUAACGCUCAGAGGACUGGUCAGCAAGUUUCAAGCAGAGCAAAAGUCUACAGCAGCGGCCGUGAAGCGGGUGGAUUCUAGACCGAACAGCGGGCGGAGUCCUCCUGACAAAGUGAAGACACAGUCGGAGUCCCAUCGCAUUGAGAUAGCAAACCUGAAGCGCAGUAUCAUGGACAAAGACCUUUUGCUGGAGAAAUCCAAGGAAAUGCUGAAGAUAGCGGCAGAACGAGAAGAUGAGCUACUGAGAGAGAAUGCAUAUCUUCGGCGACAACUGAAUGAUCUGACGAAACAUAAAUCUGGCUUCAUGUCAGCAUAAUAAUAAUAUCGUUAUUGGUAGCUUAAGAUGUACUAUUUCUUAACAUUUUCUCCAUUUUCUCCAUUAUUUUAUGAGUAUCUACAGGUAGGUAGCUAAUAUUUAUAAUGUUAUUUGCGAAAUUGCUAUCAAAAAGAAACCCAUUGGGUUAUUAAAGUAAUUACUUUAAGCCAAUGAAGUUUUUAAGGAACACUAAAUUAAGAAAGAUUAGUAUUAAAUAUUUUUAU